UUUUAGUCAUAAAUGUUCCUGUAUAGCUUGUCCCGUGUAUUUAUUUUCAGACAUGUCGACUCAGACAGAAGUUGAGCAAGAAACUACAAUCAGUCCCCGAGUCAAGAGACAAAGUCCUGUUUCUCAUAUCGUCCCUGAUACGAAUGUUGACUUUGCACUUCCGGAUCCCACCUCCAAUUGUUGGCUAUAUUUGGCAUCUGAGACCGAUGCGGCUCGGAUAAUGCAUCCAGCUGGGCGAGAAAAAAUGAUGUCCUAUACCAAGAUAUUACCAAUGAACCCCAAAAGAUCCAUGCGUUCAGGUUCUAUCUUCUCCACUGCUACUUUAUGUUCGCCGCGGGAAGGGUUUGACUUGGAUUCGAAUGCUAUUCAUGACGAUGUUAACGAUGACUUACCAUUCGUGACAAGUGCUCCGACCAUUCCCCACAUUCAGCCAAUAAGAAUUCAAGUGACGCGUCCUUCAGAAUGUGGAAGAACUACCUACGAACGACAUCAGGGAGUCUGCAACUCACCAACAAUGUCCAGGGAAAGAACGACUCGUAUCUCGGAAACGUCAGAGCGCUCGGUCAGCUCCCAGGGUGAGUCGAUUGUGGUAACACAUGCCAGUAGUUUAACAACAGAGACACGAGAGAAUCACAGAAUUGAAACUAUACGUCCGCCUUCCAGUCACGAGAGUCUUAAUUUGACUACCCCUUCCCAAAUGGACGUGGAUGCGGGAAGAAUGGCAAGCCACAGGGUUAAAGUCGUCGCGAAAAGAUGCGCUCUUUUCAUACUGGCAUGCUUUGGAAUGUGUCUCCCUUAUUGUUUCAUAAAUUCGGCAGGUAGAUUAUUAGAUCCAAACGUGACAAGAAACGUAUUCAUUCUGUCAGAAUUAUUGUUCAUAUUAAACGUGACUCUAAAUUCCUGCAUUUACGUUUUCCUGAACAAAACAGUUAUGCAGCUGGUACUUGGGGAGCACGCAACUCGCAUGUCAGUGUGGUACGGGGCACGUAGAUUCUACGCAGAAGGGACUUGUUGAUAUCUACGCAACUCGCAUGUCAGUGUGGUACGGGGCACGUAGAUUCUACGCAGAAGGGACUUGUUGAUAUCUACGCAACUCGCAUGUCAGUGUGGUACGGGGCACGUAGAUUCUACGCAGAAGG